UCACGUGACUAGUCCUGCGGGGCGGAGGCCAUGUUGCGGGGCACCCACGUGAGGGCCGCACGUCCACGAUCAGUCACGUGACCGUGGUGCGCCGCAGCCGCCGGGGCGCACCCGGCGAGAGGCAGCGGCAGUGAUGGACGGGUCCGGGGAGCAGCUUGGGAGCGGCGGGCCCACCAGCUCUGAACAGAUCAUGAAGACAGGGGCCUUUUUGCUACAGGGUUUCAUCCAGGAUCGAGCAGGGAGGAUGGCUGGGGAGACACCUGAGCUGACCUUGGAGCAGCCGCCCCAGGAUGCGUCCACCAAGAAGCUGAGCGAGUGUCUCCGGCGAAUUGGAGAUGAACUGGACAGCAAUAUGGAGCUGCAGAGGAUGAUUGCUGACGUGGACACGGACUCCCCCCGAGAGGUCUUCUUCCGGGUGGCAGCUGACAUGUUUGCUGAUGGCAACUUCAACUGGGGCCGCGUGGUUGCCCUCUUCUACUUUGCUAGCAAACUGGUGCUCAAGGCCCUGUGCACUAAAGUGCCCGAGCUGAUCAGAACCAUCAUGGGCUGGACACUGGACUUCCUCCGUGAGCGGCUGCUUGUCUGGAUCCAAGACCAGGGUGGCUGGGUGAGACCCCUCAGUGAGGAUCUCAAUAAACUUCACAGGUUGGCAUUAGGAAGGCCUCCUCUCCUACUUCGGGACCCCCACAUGGCAGACAGUGACCAUCUUUGUGGCUGGAGUCCUCACCGCCUCGCUCACCAUCUGGAAGAAGAUGGGCUGAGGCCUCCCACUGCCUUGGACUGUGUCUUUUCUUCAUAAAUUAUGACAUUUUCCUGGGAUGAAUGGGGGAAGGGGAAAGGCAUUUUUCUUACUUUUGUAAUUAUUGGGAGGGGUGGGAAUGGUGGCCUGGGGAGGCGCCAAUAAACCUCAGGUCCACUUUGGA